AAAGGAUAAUACCUCCUCCAUUUCAUCGUUAUUUCAAAGCAUCAGCGGCAAUGGAAACCUUAAUUCUUUCUCCACUAAUUUAGUACAACCAAGUGAAUCUUCUGUACUACGAGCUUCAGCACCGAGAAAGAAAUACGAAAACCCCAAUGAAGCUAUCCCAAGCGACUCUUUCCUUUUCCAUCCAAUAACAGAUCAAAAUAAUAAUCUUAGUUCUUCGAUGACUGUUUUGGAAACACUAGAUCAAUCUCCAAUGAGGCGCUCCCAGAAGAUGAAGAAUCUGCUCAAUAUUGAGUACUACGAUAUCAAUUCAGAUGACGAAUUAAAUAGUAAGAUCAAGCGAAGGUCGAGGACGAAGAGUCUGAACGAUCAAGAUAGAGAAACGGUGGCGAAUGUCCCAGCAAGGCGUGAGUUUAGGAGUAGUGAGGAUUUGACACGUUCCGGACGUGCGAACCAAGAAGAGGUAAAUCGUGUAAGCAGAGAUGAGGAACAGGCUUGGCGAACCAAUACGAAUUAUGAGAACUUUGAUGUCACAUCCGCAGCGAACAAUUCUUCAUCAAAAGGGCACAGCAAACCAACAUAUGCUGCAAAACUGGUCAGUCACGACAAAGAAAAAUUGGACGAGUACCAAAGGCAUUCUCAAGUGCAGGUUCCAAUGUAUAAUACAAGAAAUGUUCAUACCUCUCUUAAACCAAAUACUGCCAUUACAGUCAAUUCAAAUACGAAAGGCUUAAAUUCACAUGAAAGAUAUUCAAAACGGCAGCUAGGAAGAGAUAAAGGCAUAACUGUCAGAGAGAUAGAAAAAGGUAAUGACCUUUCAGGAUACAGUACGAAUAACACGCGACCAAAAGAAAGUAAAAUUGAUGGAUUAAAGCAAUACAGAAAAGAUAUGAAUACAGUCAGUACACUGAAGCGAAACGUGAAAAAAUUACCGAGUACAUUAUACAAAUCUAAAGAUAAAGCAGGCAAAGGACAUGCGCAUCACAAGGAAAGUAGCAAGGAUAACAAAGAGUCUAAAUCUACAAUAUACCCGAAUGAAGACUUCAAAGCAAGUGAAGGAAAAUACAAUAUCGCAAAGGCAGAAGAGGAGUGGAAGAAGAGAUAUGGUAGACUUCCCUACAACAAGAAAGACCCGCUUCAUCAAUCUUCUGACAAAGAUUUUAGUAUCCUGUUCAAAAAUACUGUAGAUGAAUGUGCAACUCAAAAUAGCACAGGACAGCGUGGUCUCUCAAAGAAGAGAUUUUCUCUAGAAGAAGCCAUAAGAAAUACUUCUACAUCAAGCUUGUUUAGUCCAAAUAACAGCGUGAAUGAGAAAUCGUCAAACAGCAUAGCAAGAAACUCGGACGAUAUUUCCACCACGUUACAUCAGUUAUCAAGCUACGUGAUAUCUGGUUACAAGGAUGAUUCCAAAGAGAAUUCCAACCAUAUUUCUUCACAAGGUGAUCAAGAAACAAAAGCAGCAGUUGCAGUAAGAUAUAGGCGAUACUAUCUAGACGACGAAGGAGAUCUCUCCCAUAUUCUGGAUAAUACUACAGAGUCCCGAAAACUGUCCAUGUUGGUGCAUUGUAUUAUAAGGCUGAGAGAAGUGUAUAGCAUUCAGCCUUUCCCAAUGUCUCCUCAAAUGGAAGAACAUCCUAUGAACUUAGGGAACCCUCAGCUUCGUGACGCAAUUCAGAGCAAGCCAAUGAAGGUUGUCAAAGAUAUCAUAUUGGCCAAUAAGAGCGUAGAUAUCAACACGUGCAGCCAAUCAGGUGAUUCGGCGCUGCACAGAGCUGCAAUUGAAGGCGAUAUAGAUGCAAUUCGCAUUAUCAUCAACCAAGGUGGGAAUGUGAACAUAAGAGAUAGAAAUGGAUUUCAGCCUGUUCAUCAGGCGCUGAGUUAUCACCAUUACAAAGCAGCGAUGUUUUUGAUGGAUUGUGGCGUGGAUCUUAUGAGUUAUACGUCGAAGAGGAUUCAGCAGUUCGCGAGAGUUAGAGCGAUAGCAAGGCAAUACCUGAGACAGACAUUGAAAACCCCGCUGUAGUUUUGUUAGUAAUCUAACAACCAAAAGCACCUACGAACUGAAGAAGUUCAUAUUAAAUUGCUGCAUGAAAGGCAACUGUUACAAAUACCAAGCAAUAUUUUGAGAAUGUUAUCUUAAAAAGACCUACGGCAGUUAUUGAAUUACGAAUAUUGAACGGAUAUUUCAAACAAAAACGUGAUGAAAUUAUAAGGUUCAUAGUUCAGUUGAGCUAAGAAUCAAUUUUUAACUUUUUAGGAUGCAUGGAUUAGGUUUGUACAUUCUUUUGAGUAGAUUAAUUGUUACGCAUCAGUUAACCUAUGUUUUAGAUUUUGUUAGGUCCAGUACUCUAGCAGGCAGAAGCAAAAUUUCAAAUUAAUUCUUACAAACUUAUUGCAUUUUUUGUACAAAUAUAGAGCU